AUAGAAGAAAAAUAUUAUAACCUAAAAAACUUAAAUUUGAAUUUUCAUUUUAAUUUUCGAAAAUAUGUAUAAUAGUAAUAAUAACAACAGCCUUCAACUUCAACAUGUGAAUUCUCUAUCCAAGCUUUCAGAGAUAAAUAUUCAACUAGGUGUAAGAAAUAAAAUAGACAUGCGUUUUAUAAUUUCUUAUCAGUAACAAAUUACAAAAUAUUUUUGAUAAAAACAUCCACCGAGUGAAUUCGCAUAAUAAAAUGGAAAAUCGAGAAAUAGUACCGGAAAUUAAUAAUGUAAACCAUGUUAAAGAUGGUGUUAUUGAUUUUACAGCAGGGUGCUUAGGAGGAAUUGCUCUGGUUUAUGUAGGUCAACCAUUAGACACUAUAAAAGUAAAAAUGCAAACAUUCCCAAACAUGUACAAAGAGAUGAUUUUUUGUUUUAAAGAAACUUACAUGCAGGAUGGAAUAGCCCGGGGAUUGUAUGCGGGCACUGUACCUGCAUUAGUUACAAAUAUUGCUGAAAAUUCUGUUUUGUUUCUAUGUUAUGGUUUUUGCCAAAAAAUAAUGGCCAAAGCUACCUCUGUAGCAAAUGUUGACGAAUUAAGCACACUGUCCAAUGCUAGUGCAGGUUUUCUAGCUUCAUUCUUCUCAUCUGUUGCCAUUUGUCCUACAGAAUUGAUUAAAUGCAGGCUACAAGCUAUGCAUGAAAUAAGAAAACUACAAUCAGACAGUCUGAAUAACAGAUAUAUAGGUCCACUUAAAUUAACAAAACAAAUAUUGAAAAAAGAUGGUGUUACAGGCUUAUUUAAGGGCUUAGUUCCAACACUCGUUAGAGAAAUGCCUGGAUAUUUCUUCUUCUUUGGUGGAUAUGAAGGUACAAGAGAACUGUUGAGAAAAACCGAUCAAAAAAAAGAAGACUUGGGUCUCUUUAAAACAAUGGUAGCUGGUGGAGUUGGAGGCGGAUUAUUCUGGACUCUGACUUAUCCAGUUGAUGUAGCAAAGUCCCGAAUUCAAGUGACGGGUUCCAAUGACAAUUUGGUUCAGACGAUACUGAGUAUUGUGAAGAAUGAAGGGCUAGGGACCCUUUACAAUGGCUUAAAGCCAACACUAAUAAGAACGAUUCCAGCCACUGCCACUUUAUUUGCUGCCUACGAAUAUUCUAAAAAGUUUUUUCACUACAUAUUUAAAAACUAUUAAAAUUUAAUUUUUGCUUUUUUGUUAUUGUCGGUUUUAUAUGUUGUUUUGCUAAUAAUAUAUUUAUUUGUUAUACUCGAGUUCAACAAACACUAAAAGUAUAGGAGAUGGUAAUCAGAGAUUAAUGCAGUUACC